GCUUCCUCCCAAUCUCACCCCCUAUUAGGCUUCUCUAGGCCCACGGGAUAGAUCUACACUCGCCCUGGACGGCUUCCAAGCGAUGGCUUGUUCGCUUGCCGUGGUACCGGGACGCUCCAGAACGCGGGAGCCCACGGGACUUGCUGAGGGCGUGUGGGAACAGAACACCUUGACGAAGAGGGUUUCAACCAAGAAACGCCGUGCCCGUCUGCUGUCCCCAGUGUAUCCCAGCUGGACAAAAUUUCUAAAUUCGCCCACGCCCAUCUGGGUAACCUUUGCACUCCCUUUCCCGAGGGCGACAGUGCCGGCCGAAGGUGGUUCCCGACCGCAAACGUUCUCGCGACUGGAAUGUGGAUGUUUCGCUUGUUUUGGUUUCGCUCGCGGGACGGUGAGGGCGGAGGACGAGGCCCAAGGGCGCCAGACAGGCGGAAUCGGGGGCGGAUCGAUGGCGCUGAGGGCAGAGUUUGGAGGUCGGCGAGGUAGAGCGAAUAGAGGGCGCUUCUCGGGGAGGCCGUGGACAGGACGAGACGAGGCCGGAGAGUCACCAGGGACAAUGACGAGCGUACGGGUCGGCUGAGCCGCCUCUCAGGAGCUAGGAGAUGCUUAACAUGGAGUAGACGAAGGAUGACUGGGCGAAGAACGAAGAGGAGGCAGACAAGAGGCUUGUCCCAUGCUGUUUCCGGGAGCGGGAAUCACGGGAUGGCCACGCAACGAGCCGGCCAA